AGGGAACGACACACGUAAACAACUAGUGUGAUAGAGAUUUCGAGAAGAAAGCAGUUUUGAAUCUUACAGAUAACAGAAAUGUCAGACGCGCAAGAAGAAAGUGAUUUGUUAGCAGGACAUCCUCCUGCUGUUAAGGCUGGGGGAAUGCGAAUCGUACAACACAAGCAGCCAGAUAAAAGUGAUUCUCAUCAAUCAAGGGAGGAAAAGCAGGAACAGGCUGAAGAAUUCGGAACAGUUGAUGUAAGUGCUGAUAAACACCACCAAUCUAUUCUUCUGUCUGGAGCUGUAACCAAGGGAGACAAGGACUUCCCCCCAGAGGCUGUGAAGAGUUAUCAUCAGAAACCAUUACCAACUCAUGAGAAUCGCCCAGUCCAGAAGCCUCAUAUAAUCCAACAGCCCCGCUGAUCUGAGCACAUCUAGUGACUUCACUAACAGCAGGCUGGGAGAUAGGACAGGACCUCAAAAAUAAAAUGUUAGAAAAGGAAUAGUGUUUUUUUUUCUUGAUUCACCAAAAUAAGAAAAAAAACUUUUUUUCAUAAUGAAUUAUUGUUAAGUCAUAGUAAAAUUGAUCUAGGCAAUACUAAUGUUUUUACUAAUUACAUGUAGUGCAAACUUUUAUGAAUUUUUUCCAUAUCACAGAAGAUAUCUGUGUUUUGAAAUAUUGUUGUGAUUGAUAUUGAUGGACAAUACAUUUAAAGAAGGUGAAGGGUUUCAUGUCUGUUCAUUUUUAUGUUUCUGUGUUUGGCAAAGUUUUUUAAUGAAAAGAAAUGGUCCUGCUUUUAGUAAAAAGAUAGGGAAUAAUAACCUACAUUAUAUGGUAAAGAUUACCAGGUUAUGAGAUUGUAAUUCUAGCAGACAAUAAAUCAAAUUCUUGUAAUGGUUGUUUUUCGUGCAUGAUUAUACCUUUAUUUUUAAAAUAUAUAUAUUAGAACUUUAUAUCUGUGCCAUAUACAAAAAUAAUAUAGUGAAUUUUGAGAAAAGAAAGUCUGCUUAUAUUUCAACUUUUGUCAGCCAUUGAAAAAUUGUGUUUGUAUUUAGGUGUAAAUUACAUAUGGAAUUGAA